GUCGUCCAUCCUAUAUUACAAGCAUGUAACAAAUACCUUAAGGAUCUAGGCCACGAUGUAAACUUUUAUCCAGGUGAAGUAGAACUCAAGGCCAUGACAGUUCAACUACAACACCAAGGCAUUACAGAUAAACGGCUAAGAUACAAUGCAGAUGGAACUAUUCUAUUUAAUAGCAUUGGAACUGAAAUCUUAUUAUCUGAAGUAUCUUCAGCAUUUGGUGAAAACGACAAAGCAAAAACCAGCUUUGACCACUACAAGGCGAUGUUUGGCUUAUUAAUGAUGAUUCGUACACUUGCCAGAAAAUACAAAUAUGCCAGUUUUAAUAGUUUUAAGAACUUGAAAGUUCAUUUUAUUCACACCCAUAAUCAUGCAAUUCGACAUUGGAGUAUGUUCACCCCUUCCCCCGGAUUGUACAUAAUGAACAAGGAACAAAAAGCAGAAAUCAUCAAGGAUUUUAGAAGAAAAUCUGAAGGUGUUCUUCCUUUGAUAAAUUUUUCUGUUAGUUUAGGGGUGGCUUUGGACGAAACAAUAAACGCUUUGUCAGUUCUAAGUCAAGAGCAUGACAAAAUAUUGAUAUGGCAGGUGCGGCAAGUAUGGUGAAUAUGGCAGGUGCGGCAAGUAUGGUGAAUAUGUCAGGUGCAUUGCAACUGAAGUCUUAUUAUCUGAAGUAUCUUCAGCAUUUGGUGAAAACGAUAAGGCAAAAACUAGCUUUGACCAUUACAAGGCGAUGUUUGGCUUAUUAAUGAUGCUUCGUACACUUGCCCGAAAAUACAAAUAUGCCAGCUUUAACAGUUUUAAGAACUUGAAAGUUCAUUUUACUCACACACACAGUAACUAAAAUUGACAUACUUAUUACAUACUUGCUAAAUACCUUAUACACAUAGAUCAUGCAAUUCGACAUUGGAGUAUGUUCACCCCUUCCCCCGGAUUGUAUUUUAUGAACAAGGAACAAAAAGUAGAAAUUAUCAAGGAUUUCAGAAAAAAUCUGAAGGUGUUCUUCCUUUGAUAAAUUUUCUGUUAGUUUAGGGGU